AUGAAGGUUGUAUACACAAAUCUCCCUUUCUUCAUUAACGACGACCACCACUCUCUCUCUCUCUACACUGGAGAACGGAAAGAAAGUCCAAUGAGUAACGAGCUUCUCACCUUCGAUCCUGUCGACGUUCAAUUCCCUUUUGAACUAAAGAAGCAGAUCACAUGCUCUAUCUGUUUGACCAACAAAACCCGCAAUUAUGUAGCCUUCAAGGCUAAAACGACGAAGCCAAAGCAGUAUUGUGUCAGGCCUAAUGUUGGUGUUGUUCUUCCAAGAUCUUCUCUUGAAGUACUAGUGACCAUGCAAGCGCCAAAGGAAGCUCCGGUUAAUAUGCAGUGCAAAGACAAGUUCAUGUUUCAAUGUGUAGUGGCUAGACCAGGAGCCACGGCCGAGGAGGUUACUUCUGAGAUGUUUAGCAAAGAGGCAGGGCAUCGAGUUGAGGAGACUACUCUAAAAACUAUAUAUGUUGCUCCAUCACCGGUUCAAGAAGGAUCAAAAGAAAGCUCUUCACCAAGAGCUUCUGUCUCACAUAAUCCUUCUGAUCUUCUCAUCAUAGAUCCUGUCGACGUCCGAUUCCCUUUUGAACUGAAGAAACAGAUCACUUGCUCUCUCUAUUUGACUAACAAGACCGGCAAUUAUGUGGCCUUCAAGGCUAAAACGACGAACGCAAAGCAGUAUUGGGUCAGGCCUAAUGUUGGUGUUCUUCUUCCAAGAUCUUCUCUUGAAGUAUUAGUGACCAUGCAAGCGCAAAAGGAAGCUCCGGUUAAUAUGCAGUGCAAAGAAAAGUUCUUGUUUCAAUGUGUAGUGGCUAGACCAGGAGCCACGGCUGAGGAGGUUACUUCUGAGAUGUUUAGCAAAGAGGCAGGGCAUCGAGUUGAGGAGACUAAAUUGAAAGUUAUAUAUGUUGCUCCACCACAACCACCAUCACCGGUUCAAGAAAGAUCAAAAGAGGGCUCUUCACAAGGAGCUUCUGUCUCACAUAAUCCUUCCGAUUUUACUGCUGAAAUGUUAAGAUCCUUGAUGAUUCCAUUAUUCGAUGAGAGCAAAUUCGUCGACUCAAUCGUUCGGGAAGUGAAGAAAGUGCUAAUUAAGAUUUACACCGAGAAAGGAGAACUCUAAGAACUCUACCAUUGAGGGAAACAAAGAAGGAUUUACUAACAAAGAGGAGAUAGAGACGAGUUUGAUACGACCCCCUUAGAUUUGGAGUCAAACAAGAAACAAAGAGGUAUUAUGGUUCGAUUUAGGUUAUUUGUAAUCUUCAUUGUUAUGGAAAUCCUCUCGGUGCUGAUUAAUUUAAAUUUACAUUGAUUAAUUUGUAUAUAUCCAAAUUUACAGUUUCUUCCCUUCUUAAUUCGUUUCCUUUCGUUUUGUUCCUCC